AUACUUGCCAAUGACUAAUGGUGAACCUCUUCCUGUGCAUAUUUUAAUGCUUUGAAAGAGGGCACCAUUAUCGCCACUGUUGAUCAACCUGCAGCUUGUGUUGGAUGAUGUCUCGGAAGAUCUUCAACCAUAGCAUGACGAGUGUGAUUCUUAUCUGGAUGUUGGUACUGACCUUCCAAGGUGUCUAUGCCAGAGAGACGUGUAAACAGUAUAUCAGGUCUCCAUCCUUCGGUUCCUACUACAGAACCUACUACUGCUCCAACUACUGCUGUGGGACCACGUACACAGCUAAAUGCUGCGAUCGGCAAACCAGCGUUUCGACUGUUUACGUCACUGCCGGAUCUGUCGGAGGCGUCGUUGGCUUCUGCAUCUUCGUUGGCAUCAUUGUGGUCGUCAUCAAGGCUUGCAACAGACCCAACAACCAAGUUCACUUCCUUCAAACAUCCAGACAAGGAGCCAUCGUGCACAUGUGACUCCUCCACCGAAAACCGAGUCCCUAAGUUCUGUAUAGACUCUUAUAAUUAUCAUUUGACCUUGCACGAUCUGAACAAUAUGUUACGUUACAAUGACGUACAUAAUGAGUGUUCAAAGUAAAUACAUCCUUUUCCUUCUUGUAAUUGUAUUCGUUAAAAGUUAUGCAUUGUUAUACAUUCAAUCUCCCUUGAUAUAUUUUCAACAAGAGCUGUAAAACAUA